CCGGGUGGGUUUCAUUCCGGAUUUUAGCUUAUUGCCACCAGUCCCCGGACUGAGGGUGCUUUUCACUCGCAGCUGGGAGGGGAGAAGAAAGCGGAGGAUGGUCCACGUCUGCGGGUCUCGGCGCUGAUCCAUCGCCGCGCCCCGGCUCCGACUCCGCCAACUAGUUGUGCAGCCACCGGGACUGAACUUUGGAGGAAACGUCCUUUUUCUUUCUUUUACGAUUAUUGGAGGUGGUAGAGGGUGGGAGGCGAAGCCGAGACAGCCGACCCCGCCACGAUGCUGGUGAAGAAGCAAGCAGGGAAAGGAGGGGGGCGGGAGCCGGACUCCGAGGACCGGAGCCCAGCCGGGCAGCGUUGUGCCCGGACCGUGUCCCCGUGCGCCGCCCUGGCCGCCCUCCUGUCAGUAGUGGCCGUGAUAUCUUGUCUGUACCUGGGGGUGAAAACCAACGACCUCCAGGCGAGGAUCGCCGCCCUCGAAUCCGCCAAAGGAGACCCUUCCAUCCGUCUGCUGCCUGAUUGUCUGGAUCAGCUCAAAGCAAUGGUGCAAGAGAAAGUGGAGCGACUUCUGGCUCAGAAAUCCUAUGAACAUAUGGCUAAAAUAAGAAUCGCAAGAGAAGCACCUUCAGAGUGCAACUGCCCAGCAGGCCCUCCGGGGAAACGAGGUAAAAGGGGCCGAAGAGGAGAAUCUGGUCCUCCUGGUCAGCCUGGUCCUGAGGGCCCUCCUGGUCCAAAAGGUGAUAAGGGAGAACAGGGUGAUCAGGGACCUCGGGGUCUGCCAGGCUUCUCCACAGUUGCCGCUCUGCACAGUAAUCAGAUCCUCACCGUCAAGGGUGACCAAGGACAGGCUGGGCCUCCAGGCCCUCCAGGACCUCCAGGCCCACGAGGGCCUCCUGGGGACACAGGGAAAGAUGGCCCCCGCGGAAUGCCAGGAGUGCCUGGUGAACCAGGGAAACCGGGAGAGCAAGGCUUGAUGGGUCCUCUGGGGUCUCCAGGACAAAAGGGUUCUGUUGGAGCGCCCGGAAUUCCAGGGAUGAAUGGGCAAAAGGGUGAACCCGGGUUGCCUGGAGCAGUAGGACAGAAUGGAAUACCAGGGCCAAAGGGACAACCUGGAGAACGAGGAGAAAAGGGAGAUGCUGGAGAGAAUGGCGCCAAAGGUGAUACAGGUGAAAAGGGUGACCCUGGAUCGUCCGCUGCAGGAAUUAAGGGAGAGCCCGGAGAAUCUGGUCGUCCAGGGCAAAAGGGUGAACCAGGGCUUCCUGGGCUUCCUGGACUUCCGGGGAUAAAGGGAGAACCAGGUUUCAUUGGUCCUCAAGGAGAACCAGGCUUACCAGGGUUACCAGGAACAAAGGGCGACCGUGGGGAGGCAGGGCAUCCUGGAAGAGGGGAUCGAGGGGAGCCUGGAGCCCCUGGACCAAAGGGUGACCGUGGAGACAAAGGGGACUCUGGAGCCCUGGGACCAAGGGGUCCACCUGGUCAAAAGGGAGAUCAAGGAGCCACCGAGAUCAUAGACUACAACGGCAACCUCCACGAAGCCUUGCAGGGUCCCCCUGGACCACCUGGACCUCAAGGACUACAAGGGCCAAAGGGAGAGCCAGGAUCUCCAGGAGUCCCAGGAGUUGAUGGAGAGCAGGGACUCAAAGGUUCAAAGGGAGACAUGGGGGACCCAGGUAUGCCAGGUGAAAAAGGAGGAAUUGGACUUCCUGGAUUACCGGGUGCCAAUGGAAUGAAAGGAGAAAAAGGAGACUCGGGAUUGCCAGGUCCUCAGGGUCCUUCCAUCAUAGGCCCACCAGGCCCACCAGGUCCCCAUGGCCCACCAGGCCCCAUGGGACCCCAUGGACUUCCUGGACCAAAGGGUGAACCAGGGUUAAAUGGUGUUAAAGGAUUGAAGGGUGAACCAGGUCAAAAGGGUGACAGAGGACCCCUUGGUCUUCCAGGAGCAUCUGGCUUAGACGGAAAGCCAGGAUCCCGGGGUACAGAUGGCCCUAUGGGACCCCAUGGCCCUGCAGGUCCCAAAGGAGAAAGAGGUGAAAAAGGAGCUAUGGGAGAGCCGGGACCCCGAGGACCGUAUGGUCUUCCCGGUUUCCCUGGUCCACGAGGCGAGAAGGGUGAUCUAGGAGAAAAGGGGGAAAAGGUGACCUCUCCAGCCUAGCAUGUGCCUGUUUGAUUUUUCUGCUUCUGUCUGCUUUGCUGUUCAACCUGUGUUAAUUCUUUCAUACAUCUAAUCUUUCUCCAUCCUGUGCUCCAAAAACGCUCUGAUGUCUGAUCUGAGGAACCACAUCUUCACAGAGGAAUAAAGGCUACACUGCAAGAAAUAAGGGCACUGUUAACACAGAAGAAAAGAAUUAUAAUCCCCAGAUAUCUGGGCUACAAUCUUUGGACUACCU